AUGAACCACGACGAUGAUUUAACAGCGUCCCAUUGGGAUGAUGUGUUCACUCCAAGCAACAAUUAUGGUAGUUCUUCAUUUGCUGCUCCAGAUUAUAAUGGAUUCAGUGAUUUGAAUAUCAAUAAACAACCAGAAAGUGAUAAUGAUGAAGAUGAAAAUGAAAUUGAUGAUAAAAAUGACGACCAACAUUCUAGUGAAAACAACGAUCAAUUAGAAGAACAAGAUACAUAUGAAGCUAAUUCAUAUAAUCCUACUGUGAGUGCUUAUGAUGCUGCCAAAUCGGAAAUGGAUCAAAUGUAUGAACUUCGUAAGGAAGCCAAAAAUGAACAAAAAUCACAAUUAAUGAACGAAUUAACUAAAGAUGACAAUUUCGAUUUGGAGAAUUCAAUCGUUUCUCCAAAGAUUGAACCACAAGAUUCCCUUUUCCUUGACAAUGGUAGCCCGAUCAAAUCUGAAAAGAUUGAUACCAAUGAUAAGAAAAAGGGUAAAAAAUUCAAAAGACCUAGAAAGUUUUCAUCCCAAAGAAAUAUUCAACAUUUAUCUAACGUUGGGCCAUUAGGGUUGAAUAAGCUGACAGAUAAUUUAAGUAUCAAAUCGAAUAAUGCUAAAGAUGAUUUAUUGAAAGAAUCUGAAGCACCUUUGUAUGACAUUAAACCAGAAGCAGAAGAAACUAGUACUACAAAAGUUGAAUUACCAAAAUUACCUAGUGAAAAACUGAUCAAUAAUCUAGAUAUAUCUGUAAGUGAUCCAAUGAAAGUUGGAGAUAUCACCAAUGCUCAUAUCAUUUACACCAUAACUACUAAGCCUAAACAAGCAAAUGACAAAUUUCCAAAUGAGGUGUCUAUUACUAGACGUUAUAAAGAUUUCAGAUGGAUUUAUCAUCAAUUACAAAGCAAUCAUUUAGGUAGAAUCAUUCCACCACCUCCACUGAAACAAACAUAUAUCGGUAGAUUUAAUGAAAGUUUCAUUGAAAAUAGAAGAUUAUCAUUAGAAAAGAUGUUGAAUAAAAUUGCUUCCAUAGAUUAUUUGAGUAGUGAUGAGGAUUUCAUAAUGUUUUUAACAAGUGAAGACUUUGCUAAUGAAGCUAAAGAAAGAGAAAGAAUAAGUGGCAGUGGAGCUUCAACUCAAAAUAACGAUAGUUUGGAUAAUGAUAAAUUCUUAGAUACUACGGUGGAUACUUCUAGUAGUAAUGGUUUCAUGUCAUCUAUAUUUUCCAUGUCCACAAAAAUUGAUGAACCUGAUGAAUAUUUUGAAAAUAAAAGACAUUAUAUUGAAACUUUGGAAACUAAUCUCAAGAAUUUUUAUAAAUCAAUAGAACUUAUUAUAAACCAAAGAGUUGAUAUUGUGAAUAUAAUGGAACAAAUCAUUAUAACAAUCGAAGAAUUGAGUGAUUUGGAAAUAAGUAAAAAGACCUCCAAUCUUUUAGCUGCAUUCAAUGAUAUUCAAAUUAAAUUGAAGGAAAAUUUGGACAGAAUCAAUUUACAACAUCAUUUGACUUUGGGUUUCACAAUUGAAGAAUAUUUAAGAAUCAUUGGUUCCAUCAAAUAUAUCUUUGACCAAAGGUUGAAGAUCUAUCAAACAUAUCAAAAUUAUCUUCUUGACUUGAAUAAAAAGAAAUCAUCAUUAAGUAAAUAUAAACUGAGAAAUGCUGUUGACAAGAUCGAGACCUUGAACUUUGAAAUUGAUAAAUUAUCAACCAGAACCAGUAACUUUGAAAAUAAAUUCAAUCUUAUAAGUGAAACCAUUAAACAUGAGCUAGAAACUUUUGAAUUUGAAAAAAUCGAUGAUUUCAGAAAUUCAGUGGAAAUUUUCAUUGAAUCUUCAAUUGAAUCACAAAAGGAGAGCAUUGAGUUGUGGGAAACAUUCUACGAAAGACAGGAGUUAUCAAAAUACUAA